AUGGCAUUUAAAGUACUUCCUUUUGGCCUAAUUAAUUCAGCCCAAAAAUACUUGACCGGAGAGGUCUUCAACUACAAAGUGAAUGCAACAGGUUCCUCACUGAAUAGGAAUCAAAUAUGGACCAUCGAGUUCACCAGGGAGGACUCCCCCUUGGUGCAUAUUCAAAGUUCCUUUAAUAGGUACAUUGCUGCAGACAAGGAUGGCAAGGUCACCUGUGAUCAGGAGCUUCCCAAUCCAAAUUGUGUAUUCAUCAUGAUGCUUCACCCAGAUGGAAGAGUUUCCUUCCAGUCAGAGCCUUCCAAACGGUACUUAGGAGGAAACCAGGACAACAUCACCUGCUUUGCCCAGGCAAUCUCGGACAGCGAGAAGUGGGUGCCUCACCUAGUCAUUCAUCCUAGUGUCAACAUGUUCAACCCCAGCAGCGAUAGUUAUCUCCGGCUGAAUGAAAAGAACGAACAAGUGUGUUGUGAUAAGUGCUCACCCUGGGGCUCUGACUGUGUAAUGACGCUUUACUUUGACAUCAAAGAGAAAAAAUAUGCCAUUAGGACAGGAAAUGGAAGUUUCAUUGCAUUUAAUGGGAAGACUGAGCCGGAAAUAUCACACAAGACAUUAUAUCAUCUACAGAUAAAGAAUGGGAUGAUCUGUCUGAAAGACGUGCAUGGAAAGUUCCUUUCUGUGAAGGACUGCAAUGUUAAAGCAAUCAGAACUUUGAAUCCAGGUGCAGAUGAACUUUUCAUCAUUGAUCCUUCUCCUGGGCAGUUUAGUAUCAUGUCCUUGACCAAUAAGAAGUACGUGUCCUGCAAAGCUGGUCCAGAUGUCUAUUCUAAUGUCGUUGAUACAAAGGAUGCCGAAAUCUUCCAAAUUAUGGUGCACUCGACAAAAAAGAAAGUGUGCUUCCAACACGUUUCCAGCUAUUACCUUGCAGUUGGUGUCAAUGGCUUCAUCGAAAUCUGUACCGAGUUGGAAUUUAACUGCUGGUUUCAAAUAGUAUACAACGGGGAAAAGGCAGCUAUGAAAACAAUAGAUGGGAGGUAUGUGACUGUCAACAACGAAGGUCAGCUCUUGGUGGGGCCAAGUUCAAUUGGAAAAGAGGAGGAAUUUAUCUUCAAACUUGCCAACCGAUCACAGCUAAUACUUCAUAGUGAUUUUGGAUUUGUUGGCAUUAUGCCUGAGAAGCAGAUUUUGGUGUGCAACAGGCCCAUAUAUGAGGCAAGCCAAAUAACUAUCACUGACAAUGGAUUUUAUCAGUUCAAAAUAGUAUCUCUGGACAAAUACUGGGAAGUAGCUGAAGACGACUCGAUCAAUGCCACAGGAGAAACUCCUGUCAACUUCACUAUUGAAUUGAUCACUUCUGAUCAAAUAAUCCUAAAAGGACCCAAUGGAAAAUAUGUUGUAGCAAAACCUGAUGGUAGCUUCAAAGCCGUGGGGGAAGAUGCCAGCUCUGCCACUUUGUUCCGAUAUUAA